CAACAACUUGACCAUCAACCACACCCAUCAAGUUACACCAUCACAAUGCCUCGUCGACAGAGUCGCAGAUCAGAAAAUAUCAUACCUCAAGCGGAGCCCACAGAAAACGGUGAGAUCUCUCAAACCAACCCAAUGAAACGCGCAGAGGGAAGAAACUCGCGACCGAAGACAACGAAGUCAUUUCGGAGCUGACACCCGCGAUAGUCAAAUCGGAAGCGGAAUCCGAGGACGAGAAAGAUCCAGUGCCCCGCAAAAUCAAUCGUGUCAAGGGGAAGGCAGUACAGGCAAAGAAAGGGAAGGCAAGUGGAGGCUCGAAGCGCAAGGCAAAGCCAGCAGACGACGAGGAGAGCGAAGGAGAAGGUGCAGCGCCCGAAAAGGCCACCAAAAAAAGGAAAAAAAAGGAAGAAAAAUCAGCUGAAAACAUGCCGAUCGUUGCGAGAACCUUGGUGAACUCGUUGAAGAAGCCAAUGUACAUCGGGGCGCAUGUCAGUGCUGCCAAAGGUAAGACCAUGACAUGACCACUGGUAGUUUGCCACGUACAGCACUAAUCCACGGGUUUUGACCAGGUGUCCAUAAUUCUAUUACAAACUCCAUAAACAUCGGUGGUAAUUCCUUUGCUCUGUUUCUCAAGUCACAACGAAAGUGGACCAGUCCUCCUCUCGCGCCAGAAGCGAAAGACCAGUUCAAGGCAUUCUGCUUAGAACAUCAAUAUGAUGCAGCCAAACAUGUCUUACCGCACGGCUCAUACUUGGUCAAUCUAGCUCAAAAGGAUGCCGAGAAGGCCAAACAAGCCUACACAUGUUUUCUGGACGAUCUCAACCGUUGUGAGCAACUCGGGAUCAGAUUAUAUAAUUUUCAUCCUGGGAAUACUGGGAAAGAACCUCGACAGGAGGCCAUAGGCAGGAUCGCGUCGCAAUUGAACAAGGCACACAAAGCCACCAAGACUGUUGUGACUGUCCUAGAGAAUAUGGCUGGUAGUGGAAAUGUGGUUGGUUCUACGUGGGAAGAUCUUCGCGAUAUUAUCGCGCUGAUUGAUGAUAAGAGCCGGGUCGGUGUGUGCAUAGAUACAUGCCAUUCGUUCGCAGCGGGGUAUGAUCUGCGCUCACCAGAUGCCUUUAAGCAGACGAUGGAGGGUUUCGCAUCAAUAGUUGGUAUGCCUUACUUGAAGGCUCUGCAUUUGAACGACAGCAAAGCUCCAUUUUCGUCUCACCGGGAUCUACACGCAAACAUCGGUACAGGAUUUCUCGGGCUUAGGGCUUUUCACAAUAUUGUUAAUUACGAACCAUUCCAAGAUCUCCCAAUGGUACUGGAAACGCCCAUCGAGAAGAAGGGUGCGGAUGGCAAGGUCGAGGAAGAUAAGUCCGUGUGGACUCAAGAAAUCAAAGUUUUGGAAGGACUCAUCGGCGUGGACCCGGAAACAGAUACUUUCAAGGCCGAAGAGAAACGACUAAGCGAUGUUGGUGCCGAGGAGAGGAAGAAGUUUCAAGGCCAAGCAGACAAAAAAGCUAAGACGGAGGACAAGAAGCAGCAGAAGACUCUCGACGCCAUGUUCAAGAAAGCUGCCCCGAAAAGAAAGAAGAAGGCUCCAAAAGAAGACGGCGGAGAUGACUCCGACGCAAGCUAAGGAAGUUGUGGUAGCUGCUGAUAGCAUCAAGACCUGCUUCCCCGAUGUUGUCUUACUGAAGUAACUGGUGAUGGCAUGAUAUGUCAUGAGGUCUUCGAGAUGGUUUUCGAAAAAUCACUCGUGCUGCAAGAGGAAAAGAUUUCCACUGUGCGUUCUGUACAACA